AGCAUCUCAGGAGGAAAAAUGAGGAGCAUAGGAGUUUACAUUUGUGAGGUGGCUCCUUGACUGUGAAGACCUGGAAAUAUGUCGGUGGAUAAAGCGCGUGUGAACAGGUGGGUGAGCCUGUGUUUGGUGGUGGUACUUGGCAUCUUCGGUCUCGUGCUUCUCCUACAGCUGGCAGCCAAGGUAUUCGGGCCGUCGAAAUCUUCGUGUACAAAACAAGUAUGCUUGUCCAAGUUCCUCCAAGGACCACCUGCUUUCAACGACGAUGCCCUGGCCUCCCACCUCAAGAACAAUUACUUCACUCCGCCAGCAUACGUGGACUACAACCUGUCUGGUAUUGUUGGUUAUCAGUCAUACCACAAUGAAGUGCUCGACUUUAUCAAGGAAUGGUUCAAAAAUAAGGGUAUGUCGUGUACUAAUGUGUAA